CUCCCUCCGUUACACCCAUCCCAUUCCCACCUCUCAGAUUUCCCAGCCCCUUUCUCGCCGCGCCGCCGCAAACCCUAGCCACGGAUCGGCCCGGCAGGAGCGGUGGCGCCCGCCGCGGAGAUGCGGAGCUCCAUCGCGACCUACCGCGAGAGCCUCUCCCGGCUCGCCGGCGAGGUCGAUGACGCCGCAGCAGACGAGGACCCCGCGACGCCGUCUCCGGCGAGGGACGGGGACAACGCGCCCACGCCUCCGUCUUCGGGGAGGCGGCGGCGGUACUCCCGCUCCGGUCCCGGUGCCGAGCCCGACGAGAUUUCUAAACUGAAGGAAGACAUUCAAAAGCUUCAAGCUUCGGAGGCUGAAAUAAAGGCAUUAUCUUUCAAUUAUGCUGCAAUGUUGAAGGAAAAAGAGGAACAACUGGGAAAACUUCGUGAAGAAAAUGGCUCACUUAAAAGAAGUUUGGAGAGCUGUAAGGCAGUUUCAGCCAAUUCUAAUGGUAAUUUGGAAAGAUCACCUAGUAGAGUGCAAAGAAGUGCAGUUCAGGGAAAUUCAUUGAAUGUCUCCAAGCAGAAUGGAUACGAUAGUGGUCCUCCGAACGGUAUCCAGCCAAAUGGUCUGCAUCCCUUGACAGGGUAUCAUAAGGGAAAUGUAUUGGAGGAAGAGAGAACGUCCUUUGCUACCAAGCAGGCUAGUCUUGAAAACGAAAUCAAACAAUUGAAACAGCAACUGAGGAAUAAUUCCAAGAAAGAAACUGAAAUGAUAAGGAGGCUAGAAGAUGAAAACAAGCAGAAUAAAUUUCUUCAGCAGCAACUAAAUGAACUCAACAAGAGGAUAUCAACUAGCAUGGAAGAGCUAAAUAAGGAACCUAGUGAGAAGAAAUCAGACUUGAGAUGUGUGCAAUAUGAGCUGAGCAGAAGGGACAAGGAGCACAUAUCGGAUGCAUCUCUUCAGAGCCUAAGAAGUAUGGUGAUGGCUCUACAGAAGGAGAACUCUGAUCUAAAGAUAGAGAAAGUCAGGCUUGAGGCAGACCUCAAAAGUAUGAAGAGUACCCCACAAAAAACUGUCGAGAGUACAUCAGAUAUUAACAAGUAUUAUGAUUCGGAAAAGGUUAAGGAAGAGAUGGCUUCAUUGAAGAGAGCAUUACAGGACGCUUCCCAUGAGAGAGAGAAAGCAGUGCAGGAUUUGGCUCGGCUGAAGCAGCAUUUGUUAGAUAAGGACAUUGAGGACCAAGAAAAGAUGGAUGAAGAUAGUAAACUCAUUGAAGAACUGCGGGUAAUGUGUGAGCAGCGAAGGGCUCACAUAAUGCAGUUAGAGAGGGCUUUAAAGGUUGAGAUGGCAAAGCAGGAGGAGAGCAAAAAUAUCAUAAAUGAAGAACACCAGAGAUCAAAUGAACAAAUAGAAGAUUUGAAGUACAAGCUUGCAAGCUGUAUGAGUGCACUUGAAUCGAAAAACGUGGAGCUGCUUAAUCUUCAGACUGCCCUUGGACAGUACUAUGCUGAGAGUGAAGCCAAGGAACGGCUUGGAGGUGAUUUAACUAUUGCUAGGGAAGAAUUGGCUAAGCUGUCAGAGUCAUUGAAGGUGGCAAAUCAAAUGAUUGAAAUUUCAAGAAGGGAGAAGGAAGAUAUAGCUACCAAACUUCUACAAGCAGAGAGGAUGUUAGCAGAUGGGAAGCGCUCCAUGCAGAAGCUUGAGGAUGGCAAUUCAAGAUUGCGACAUGCGCUAGAACAAAGCAUGACAACAGUCAAUAGGAUGUCACUAGAUUCAGAUAACUCUGUUGACAGGAGGAUUGUGAUCAAACUGCUUGUCACUUACUUCCAACGGAAUCACAGCAAAGAGGUUUUGGACCUUAUUGUUCGCAUGCUUGGCUUCUCCGAGGAAGACAAGCAAAGGAUUGGUCUUGCACAAAAUAGUGCUGGCAAGGGUGUUGUCCGUGGUGUUUUGGGUCUCCCGGGACGCCUAGUCGGAGGAAUUGUUGGUGGAAAUUCAGCCGGCAAAUCUACUCAAGCAUCUCAGGAUAGCCAGUCAUUUGCAGACCUAUGGGUGGACUUUCUGCUCAAGGAGACUGAAGAAAGGGAUAAACAAGAAAGGGAGAAACGAGAAGCUUCAAGGCUGUCGCAGGAAGAGAGCCAAGCUGCCACUAGUACCAGUAAUCCGUUGAGUGCGCAACAAUCACAGCAUCCCGCAAACCUUGCACCUGGCCCUUCGACAAGGCCGCAUCUGUUCAGUCGUCCGGACUCCGAAUUUUCAACAGUUCCACUCACAUCAUCGACAUACUCAUCAGCGCAGACUCCGUUCUCGAGACCACCUCCAAGAUGACUGCAGCAAUCAAAUGUAUACUGUACAGUAUCGGAUACUUUUUCUUCCGUGGGGGAACCUGCAUCCUAAGGUUAUGCUAUUCGUUUCAUUCGUUGACAAUUUGAUGAUGAUAGUUAAUUAAAAGUUACCCUCCUUUUUCGGUCUGUUUUCCCUUCUAAGGAGUGUAAAGAAGUCGGUAUGUAAAUGGAUCUCUGCCAUUCGAUGAGAAAUGGAGAUACACAACUGUUGACUAUACAAUGUAUGGUUCGGCAAUCGGAACCCUAUAUACCUGUGUUGUACUGCUAUGAAAAUAUGAGAUAAUUUUUUUGUAUCGACCUCA